GUUUGAGUUGGCGCGGCACUGCGGGUGGGAGAUCAACGCAGCGGCGUCGUCGUCGGCCACGCUCCGUGAUGUCGUCCGCGUUACAGGGAGUCGGGGUGGUUUGUUCGGGUCGACGGGCAUGGCGAGGAUGGCGGGGCGGCCACCGCGUGCUGGAGGAGCCCGAGGCCGAGGAGGUUACCCGGCGCAGCCCUCGCAGCCCCGCGCCCCUCCGCACGCCGCUUCGCCCCGUGCAGAGCGCGGCCGCGGAGCCCCGGCGAGGGCGCGGAGGAGGCCUCGCGGGCCUCGCUCAGACUCUGCACAAGGCGUAUCAAGGCAGAAAGAACUUUCAUGCCCUGGAGCCAGACUCCCCAUGUCCACCCACAGCCUGCAAUCCGGGAGGACUGCAUGCGGGCCCAUGCAAGACCUCCGCAGGCAGAAGCAGCCCAGCAGGACGCGGCCCCAGGAAGGGCACGGGCAGGGCCACCCGCUCACCCCGGCAAGGCCGCCUAUCCUCUCGCAAGGCGGACCAAGGGCUUGGUGUGAGCCAGCGACCCAUCCGGGCAGCUGCAUUGCGCAGUCCCUACUGCUCUCCUGUUGGUUCGUCGGUGAAAAGAAGUAUCCUUGCUCGAAGGGGCAAUUUCAUGACUCCUCGGCGAUUCCAACAAGAGCUUGACCAUGUGGCCAGUGGGAUACGCAACCUCAAGAACGUCUCCAAGUCGUUUGAUGAUUGCAUUGAAGAGGAUGAGAGUGAUUUGAUUCCUAUAUAUAUCCCAGAAUGAAGAAUCAGGCGGGCGGCACGGGAGCAGUGCUGGCAACUGAUGGUCUCAAACUUGUGCGCGACAACCGGGAGGCACUCUUGCGGUUUCAAACGUACAUCUCUGCACCGCUUCUCCGCUCGCCUUCAUUCACUGGGCAGUCUCGCGAACAAUGUGAUCACCCAAAGAGGGAAAAAAACAUAAAUAAUGUGACCAAUGUGUUUUGCCGAUGAGAACAAAAGUCACACCAAGGUGUUGUAGCCUAAUUAUGUAUGCAAACAGUUUAUUUGUGCUUUCUUAAACUGCCAAACUGAAGAAAAAGUAUCGCAUUGUAGCGAUUCUAAGAGGUCAAACACUCGCAUAUUGAUGCUUUUAUAACUUAAUAGUUGUUCUUAUGUCUACUAUAUGCAUUCCACUGCUAAAAUUUAUAAACCAUAGUGCUGUUAUACUAUGCUCUAACUUAUGGUGAUAGAUGCUGAAACUAUCUCACAAACACGUUACCUAUAUAUGCAAUAUGUACACACUACCUGUUAGCUUACAGAGUUGAAGAGACAACUCGUUUUUUCCAAAUCUUGUUUUUUGUGGGUAAGGGGGCAUUUGCCAUACAUUUCCUAUUCUGUGCCAAGCAAGGGAGUUAAAUGUUAACAUCUUAUAGCAAUGUAAAAUUGUAUUACUGUAUUUGCUGCUUAUUUUAAAAUUCUACAUUUGCUUAAUCGUCAUUGUGGAGUGUUAAUGAUUUUUCGUAUGUAUUCUUUUAAAGGCAAUUAGUCUUGUCGUGACGUUGCAAUUACAGUUUUUAUUUUUGGUUGAGAGGUUAAAAUGACGUGCCUCUUCAACGUCGUAGUUCAGAUUAUUUAGAUGCAAGAUGUGAAUGUAGCAUGUAAUCUACGUGCUGUGCUCGGGAGGUAAUCCCAGCAUGCAGAGGCUGCAGAUGAUCCAUGUUCCACAGUGUAACGCGAUCCUGAAACAGUUUUUUGUUUAUGGAACUACUUAUACUGGUAGGAACCUCCUGGUUACACCAGCCCACGGGAUUAUUGUGUCCGUCCGUCGUGCAG